AUGAGUGGUGUCAACAUCGUUGUGGAGUCUCACCAAAUCCAGGGCCUCCACCUACCUUCACCCCGAGCCCAGAGAAGCCACGUUCCUAUCACCUACCUGAGAAUAAUGGCAGUGUAUCUUUUUCCCGCUGCAAGUCAGGCGAAGCUCCCAAUCGAGGCCCCAGAUUCCGACUAUAAUUCCAACCCGAAAAGACUCCGGGCUUUUAUAAGGAAUGCCUCCAUGGUGUUGCUUGAAUCGUACGAGAACGGCGUGAAGUACCUUUGUGAAAUUGGCAUGCAAUGGUAUAGCCCAUCGACUCAGGAGUGGCUAAAACCCACGGCAAUUUUGAAACAGAUCCAAUUGCCCGAUUUCUGGGAGGCUGAGAGGCAGUAUCUCGAAUCACCGGGCUGUCUUGCCAAACGAUGCCUCAUUGAGCUUCAGACGUUGUCAGGGAACGGCCAGUUACAUUACGCGUCACCGGUAUCGGCGAUACAAAUAGUUCCCCAAGCAAGCCGUCCUGGACAGAUCACGGAGGACAAUCCUAUUGCUUUCUUGGAUAUUUCGAACCGGAGACCCUGCCGGACUCGGGUAGCCGGCAAGAGGAGGCCGAUCAGUUAUGAUAAAACAAAGACGGAGCCGAUGUUUUACCAGAGCACCGGAAAUUCAGACCAGGCAACAGCUCUCCAGUCCCUCGGUUUUCCUCGGAAGAAUCCAAAACAAAUAGCGAACCCCAAGUCCCGCAAUCGCUCAGUGCUCCAGUGA